AUGAGUUCCACCAGACCGGAUUUACCCGAAGAUGGAAUCCUGCGUUACUUCUCCAUGGCAUUCUGCCCCUUCAGCCAGCGGGUUCACCUCCUGCUGGCCGCCAAAAACAUUCCACACCACAAGAUCUACCUCACUGCUGUUGAGGAUCAACCUACACUCGUGGAGUCCCUCAUCAUUGCGGAGUACUUGGAUCAGCAGUAUCCCCAUCCACGACUCUUUCCCACAGAUCCCCUUCAGAAGGCGCUGGACAAGAUUCUCAUUGAACGCUUUGCUCCAGUGGUCAGGGCUGUUUAUCCAGUGCUAACAUGCAAUGCCAAUGCUCCUCCAGAUGCUCUACAAAAGUUUGAGAAAGCCCUGGACGUAUUUGAAACGGAGCUGACGAAAAGAGGAACUCCUUACUUUGCUGGCCAAACCAUAGGAAUUGUGGACUACAUGAUUUGGCCCUGGUUUGAACGCUUUCCAAGCAUGAAACUCAAUACCAAGCAGAGGUACGAACUGGAUGCCAAGAGAUUUGAGAAGCUGCUCAAGUGGCGCGACUUGGUGGCUCAGGAUGAGGCAGUGCAGAAGACCGCUCUGGAUGUCCAGCUGCAUGCCGAGUUCCAGAAAUCCAAGACUGUGGGCAAUCCCCAGUACGACAUAGCCUUCAAGGGCAAGCUCUAG